AUGCUUCAAUCCGCCGGCAAAAAAUUCAAGUUCGUGCACUGUACCAAGAGUUUAGAUCCAGAAUUUGACGGUUCCAUGAGCUCCCCAUUCGCCCUCGUGGAUCCGCACAGCCUGAAUGUGAGUUGGGGUGUGGCUGGGGAGCUCGUGAGCCGAGUUCCAUGGGAGUCCACAACGUGUAUGCAAGGGUUUAACAGGCUCUGUUUUCCGCCAUUUCUGCAGUUGCUGAAUGCAUAG